AUUUUCCUUUCAAUUUCCAGCACUUUUUCCCCCACACCCUCCCUCCUCCCCAUAUAUAUAACCACUCAAACACCCCUUUCGCCCCAAACCAAAGAAACGCUCAUCGCUUUUGUCCCCUGUCUCUGUCUUUGUCCUUGUCUCUCUUUCUCUAAUGGUCAUGGCCAGCCAAGAAGGGCAAGGGAUCAAGUUAUUUGGGACAACGAUUGCGUUGCAUGGAAGACAAGUAAAAGAGGAACAAAACAAAGCUGAUCAUCCGGCCUUGGAUAAGAGGCCAGACAAGAUCAUACCAUGUCCUAGAUGCAAGAGCAUGGAGACCAAAUUUUGUUACUUCAAUAACUACAACGUUAACCAGCCUAGACAUUUCUGUAAAGGUUGCCAGAGGUACUGGACGGCAGGUGGGGCUCUUCGGAACGUUCCGGUGGGGGCUGGUCGCCGGAAAGCUAAGCCGCCUGGUCGUGAUCUUGGUGGGUUCGCGGAAGGGUGCUUGUAUGAUGGGUCUAGUGGGGUGCACCAGUUUGAGCUGGAAGGGAUGGCGCUGGAUGAGUGGCAGGUAGCGGCAGCGAAUGGUGGUUUCCGGCAAAUUUUCCCAAUGAAGCGAAGGCGGAUCAGCUGCUCAGGAGAAAUGUGCUAAUCGCUGAUCAUGAGGGUUUCAUGUGGUAAUGUCACUAGGCCAAAAUCAACCUACCGAGGAGUCCAUGAUCCAAUUUAAUUAACAAUAUUUGAGAUCACCGGCAAGUUCAUCAUCAUCAUCAUCUUGAUUAUGCACGUGCUAAAUUGGACGGAUCAUAAGAUGGGGGCAGAGAAUGGCCAAUAUUCUUCGGACAACAACGGUUGAGGCAUGAUUAACGCAAGCUAAUGCACAUGUAAACUGCUAAAGAUUCAACGGAUAACGUUGAGAUAUCGGAGCACAGCCUGGACGUGGGGAAGAAUUCUAAUCCUAUCAAAAUCCAUUUUCAUUGAAGAUUUUGAUGUAUCCAUCUAGUAACCCAAAAAAGAUGAGGUCAUUGGAUCUUCAAUCAAAGAAAUUUAUAUAAGCCCUACGUACCAGGAAACAAAGGGUUGUAAAUUAGACAAUUAUUCAUCCAGGCAAGUCCACAUUUUUAGUAGAAAACUAUAGUUUUCUUGUUCCUUUUUCUUUUGUUUUUGUGCUAUUGGGUAACAAAUAGAUUCCAUAUUGAUCAUGUUAGGGAUAAGGUGAGACCUUACCCUUCACAGAUGUAAGAGGUUUUUGUUUCAUUUCGUUACCAGUGGACUUUGGGUUGGAAUUAAUGAAAAGGAUUGUUCAUGUCUUCAAGCA